UGAUGCAUUACAUAUCUUUACAAGCACUGAACCUCAGAUACAGCAACUGGCAGAGCUGGCUGUCUUAUCACUAAAGGAUCUUAUGGGUGAUGCCAGCCUACCUGGUAUCAGUGCUAUGCCCUCUUAUGAGCAGCUCUACACUUCAUCCAUACCCUAUUGCCCUUUGUCAGUUUGUCAUGUUUGGACAGCACCUGCAGUGAUCCUGCAUUCCUCUGGUUCAACCUCUUUUCCCAAGCCGAUAACCUACACACAUCAGGUAUUGUUUCAGUUUGCUGUUAUCUCAGAUGGUCCUCUUGUCACUGGAAGAGUCUUUGCUGUGCCUGCUCUUGAACUCUUCCAUGCUGCUGGAUUCUUUAUUUUCUCUUGGCUGCCAACAUGUGGAUAUAUAAUGGGGUUGAUGAAACCCACAAGACCUGCAACAGCCCCUACUCAUAUCAUGGCUUACAAGUGCCUCAUAGCACUUAAUGCAGAAUAUGCAUAUGUACCAGCACUGCUGAUAAAUGCAUGGCAUGGGAAGCUAGAGGAGUACCCAUAUCUGCAAAGACUGAAGGCAUUGCUAUACAGUGGUCGUUUCUUGAACAAAUCUAUAGGAGACAGUUUGGUUGCAAAUAAGAUCAAGCUCUUCACUAUGUAUGGGGCUACAGAAGCAGGAAAUAUCAGUUCCAUAUGCAGAGCUAACCAGGACAAUGAAUGGGAAUACUUCACAAUGAAUUCACAUUGUGCAGUUGAACUCAGACCCUUUGAUGAUGGCACAUUCAAACCUGUGAUCAGAGCUGAGCCAUACAUGCAUCUGCCCUUCACAAACACUGUGAUUGAUGGUGGAAGGGCUUAUGCUCCUGGUGAUCUACUCAUGCCCCAUCCAGAGGUGAAGGACUAUUGGAAGAUACUUGGCAGAGAAGAUGAUCAGAUCAUGCUAGCAACUGGGGACACAAUUAAUCCAGUCCCUAUAGAGAGCCAGUUCUACCAACAUCAACUCAUCUGUGGAGCUGUCAUGUUUGGCCGUGGAAGAUCCAAGCCUGGGAUACUCCUUGAAGUUGAUUCUCAAGCCAAUGUUGACACAUGUCAACAAGCCAUUGAAGAAUCAAUCAGCAUUAUCAAUGCACAGAGCCCUGAAUAUGCUCAGCUUGAUACAAAGCUUGUGAUUAUGGCCUCUCACAGCAAGCCAUUCUCAUACAAUAUCAAAGGGUUACCAAACCAUCCUCUCAUUUUGCAUCAAUAUCAGGGAGAAAUUGAUGCUGCAUAUGCAUCAACAAUGAUGAGCAGUGCCUCUGUCAUGGUACCACUAGUUUCCCUAUGAUAGGUAUCGGGCUCAGAAUGAUGUAUGUAACAGAAGUCAUGUUGUAGAUAGUGUAUAUAAUGGUACAUGGCAGCCUUUCCGAAGCAAAGAAUACUCUCCACAAGACUCGGAGGAUGCGACAUGGACAUGAAACAAGACGCUGCGACGUAGUCCUGAUGUCACAGAUCCACCCAAACAUUGGAACACCGUCGUUAAGUCGGCGAGAGGCUCUUGGCCAUUUCCGCGCACACGGCUAA